GGAACUACUAUUGCUUCAUAUAAAACAAACGUUUAAAAGUUAGGUUUCUAUCAUUAUAUUUGAAAAUGACAUGCAACAAACUACAGACAAUUUAUUGUGGCACCUUUCACGCCUUUCAUGUGGAAAAUGUCUCUUUCGACCUCCCUGAAGAGUCUCUACUGCAGCCGUUCUGGAACUACUUACGCAGUAAUUAUCAAGACACCUUGCGAUCACCUCUCUUUCCUAUUGUCCUCUCUGUAUCUAACUACUUCUUGUCAGUGGCUCUCUACACGUUUCUGGAUGUCUUGGCCCCAAGGUGGAAUUGCAUUAACAAGUACAAGAUCCACCCAGAGAAGUCAGUUUCCUGGAACAAUAUAUGGACAACCCUGGGCGUCACCACAUACAACCACCUGGUCUACAUCUUUCCUGCAGCAGUGGGUCAGUGGUAUUGGAGACCCUCAACACCCCUGCCCAAAGAUGCACCUGGUCUAGCUGAGUUUGUGUUUGGCAUCAUAGGCUGCACUAUCCUCUUUGACUUUCAGUUCUACCUGUGGCAUCUCCUGCACCACAAAAUAGGAUGGCUUUACAGAACCUUUCAUGCCAUCCACCACCAGUACUAUGAGCCAUUCAGCCUUGUCACUCAGUAUCUGUCAGCCUGGGAGCUUUUUUGCGUAGGAUUCUGGACCACAGUGGAUCCUCUCAUCCUCCAGUGUCACUGUCUCACCACUUGGGGAUUUAUGGUCUUCAACAUCUGGAUCUCCACAGAUGACCACUGUGGCUAUGACUUUCCUUGGUCCCUUCAUAACCUGAUUCCCUUUGGGCUUUGGGGAGGGUCGAUCAAGCAUGAUGCUCAUCACCAGCAGCCUCACACCAACUUUGCUCCUUUCUUCUCCCACUGGGAUUGGCUGGGAGGUACAAGUUCAGCCCACUGCCAUUCAGCUGCUCUGAAGGACAGGUCAACAAAAAGAAAGCGACAGUUACAGACUUCUAACUGAACACGUACUUUGUGUAAGUGACAGGGAGAACUCAACGACGGUGUGUUAUGUAGGUGGAAAUAAAACUUCCUUUAAUUAGGAAAAUCAUAAUAAUGAAUAGUGCCUCUUUCAGACAACUUAGCUAUUUUAACUGGCAAUAAAAUAUGCUCAGCUAAAUUACAUAAAUGUCUUCUGGUAGCUGCAAAUAUAAUAGCUUUUAAAGUUCUUUCAAGGUUUAUUUAUUGACACUCCAAGAAAACAGUUCAGUAUGUUCUAUUCAGUCUUAUAACCAACUGGUCUUCAGUCUUGGCAGAGAUUUCAUAACCUGGUCUGAGAGUGUGAACUAAGGAUGCAUUUACUUAACUUUAAGUACAAUAUUAAUUUCGGUAAUCCAUGCUACCAGUUGAUGAUUACAUUAAAUGUUAUUUUAAUACACUGACAUAUAUAUUAGGUUUCAUUAAGGUCUGAUGAAUUUCUUAAUUAAUUAUUAAUAACAUACAGUCAACCUUUUCUGUGUAACCACAGUCUAAAACAAAAUGCUGCCUCACCUUUUAAUUUAGAUGUAAAUCUGAUUUUAUAGUAUCAAUUCUAAGACCUACUCCUUAAAAACUGAAACUAUAAUUUGAAUAUUUCAUAAAUUAAUAUAAUUAUUUAAAACAUUACUGCAGAGUUAAUAUUUCAAAUGUUUUCAGUAACAGUAUGUGCCGUAUAUCUUGGUGGUUUUUAAAGCUUGCAAAUUCACAGGCAGGUUAAUUACAAUUCUGAAAUGAAAUCAAGAGAUGUUUCCUUUCAGAAGGAAAGCUGUACUGUAUUGGUUGGUUGGUGUUGUAAGAAAGAAUCUGAAUUUAAUUUAAAUGACACUGAUGAAAGAAAUUAAAAAUCUCUGCCUAAGUUCAAA